UUCAUUUUUUUGGGCAUGUGAGAGGGAGAGAGAGAGAGCAGCAGAGGGAGGGAACUCUUCUCCCGUUUCCAGCCGUUCAAAGAGCCCCCAAGGAAGCAGUACCAACUUCAGAAAUAUGCUGAGGAGGAUCUGGAGUUGGGCUUCUUGUGAGAGUGAAGUUGUGCAGCAAAAUCUGGGAGAAGAAGUGGAGAAAUAUUGAAGAUGCAAAGAAAGCCUUCAAGAGAAAUGGCCUCUGUUUCAGGAACAAAAAGAAUCAAAACCACAGCAACAAAGAGGCAGAAGCAAAAGAAGCAUUCCAAACCUCAAACCUUCCUCUCUCAGAGACACAAGAAAAAUUUUGAGGAGUCUCAAAACAGACGGCUCCUUAUGGAAAGAGUAGUAGAACAGCUACCUCGGGAGGAACCACAAUUUGCCCAAGAGGUGUGGCGUCGACAUUGGAGCAAUCUUAUCUCAUUCCCUGAACCGGCUAAUAUUGAUGUAGUCCGGGAAUUCUAUGCCAAUGCUCGCAGCUAUUUAGACGAACCACAAUCGUUCACAAGUUAUGUGCGAGGGAGGCCUGUAGCUUUUGAUGCAAAUACCAUCAACUCUUUCUUGAACACUCAGUGGCCAGGGGGAAAUUCAACAUGUCAUUACUCAGACGCAAACAGAUCAAAUUUUGCAGGGAUAGACUAUGAGGAGGUUGAGAGGACCUUGUGCCUCCCCAGAGGACACUUUCAUAGAAACAGACAGGGACAACCAUUGCAUAUCAAGCGUUCCUUUCUUACACCUCUCUCCAAAUAUUGGAUGGCAUUCAUUCAUGCCAACAUAUCUCCGUGCUCCCAUAUGUCUGACCUCAAUGUAAGUAGAGCACUCCUCCUUUUCCUUAUAUUGCAGGGUAAGCCAAUCAAUGUGGGAAACAUUAUUGCACACGAGAUCAAUGACUGUGCCAAUACUGCCCUGAGCAACACUCCACUAGGUCACCCAUCUCUGAUCACUCACCUAUGUGAGAUUGCUGGGGUUGAUACUUCACUGCCUCCAUUUGAGAAACCAAGGAAAACCAUUGAUCGAUCCUAUUACCUGCAAUACUGCUUAAUUGAUGAGGACGGUCAGAACAUCCCUGCACCCCAGCCACCACGAAGGCAUAGGAGAAAUCAGCCUGACCCACCUGCACAGCCUGAAGAAGACGGCCCACAAAACCCCUUCAAUAUGGCCGACCUCAAUGCUAAGCUGGAAGCACUACACAGGAUGGGCCUUGCUCACGCAGACAUGAUGCGUCAGGUCUACGCCUCCUCUCACCCAGGUUUCAUGACUUCUGAGGAGUAUGCUGCAAGAGUAGCUUGGCCUGGGGACCAGACCUCUACUGAUGGGGGAGCUGGAACAUCUUCUGGAGCUCAAGCAAUGGAAGAAUCUGAAGAGGAAGAGGAGGAGGAACAAUCUGAAGAGGAAGAGGAGGAGGAGCAAUCUGAAGAAGAAGAAGAAGUGGAGGACACUGAGAGUGAUUCUUGAGGAGACAGAUGAGACAAUGAG